GGAGUCCGCUUGUUCUUCAGGCAGCAGCAGCAGCAGCGACGGCAGUGAUCAGGACGGAGAAUGAGCGCUGUCCGGAGAGCAUAGAUGUGCAAAACCUCUGGAAUAGCCGUGCGCUGGAGAGGCCAGAACCGACCACCGUGGAGGACUGCAUUUAUUCAGCCGUAAAAAGGGAAAGAGCCACGGUGAAAGCAUGGCGGUAGAAGAGGAAGGACUUCGGGUAUUCCAGAGCGUUAAAAUAAAAAUAGGUGAAGCAAAAAACAUCCCUCCGUACCCGGGGCCAAACAGGAUGAGGGACUGUUACUGCACUGUCAACCUUGACCAAGAAGAGGUCUUCAGGACCAAGAUAGUUGAGAAGUCACUUUGCCCGUUCUAUGGUGAGGACUUCUACUGUGAGAUCCCACGUAGCUUCAGACACCUCUCCUUCUACAUCUUUGACAGGGACGUGUUCAGGAGGGACUCCAGUAUCGGCAAAGUUGCAGUGAAGAAAGAAGACCUGCAGAAAUAUCAUGGGAAAGACACCUGGUUCCAGCUACAACCUGUCAGCGCUGACUCAGAAGUGCAGGGAAAAGUGCACCUGGAACUGCGUCUGAGUGAAGUCAUCACAGACAGCGGAGUCAUCAACCAUAAACUAGCCACACGAGUGUUGGAGUGCCAAGGUCUUCCAAUUGUCAACGGCCAAUGUGAUCCCUACGCUGCUGUGUCCUUAUUAGGACCCUCAAGGUCAGAGGCCAAAAAGACAAAAGUGAAGAGGAAAACCAAUAACCCACAGUAUGAGGAGGUUUUCUACUUUGAGGUGACACGGCCUUUGAGCCACACGAAGCGUCAGUUUGAUGUUGAGGAAGAGGAUGUUGACAAACUGGCGCUGAGGGUGGAUCUGUGGAACGCCAGCAACCUGAAGUUUGGAGACGAGUUCCUGGGAGGUGUUCGGGUUCCUCUCAGGGUCCUGGGCCAGGCGGGGGUCCAUGACGCAUGGUACUUCCUCCAGCCCAGAGAGAAUGGAGGGAAGUCAGUGAAGGUGGAAGAGCUCGGCUCUCUGCGUCUGAACAUCGUUUACACUGAGGACCACGUCUUCCCCUCGGAGCAUUACACCCCCCUCAGAGACCUCCUCCUACACUCUGCCAACGUAGAACCUGUGUCAGCGUCCACAGCUCAUGUUCUGGGGGAAGUUUGUCGAGAGAAGCAAGAAGCAGCCAUUCCUCUAGUGCGACUCUUUCUUCACUAUGGCAAGAUUGUGCCUUUUAUCAGUGCCAUCGCUCAUGCUGAAGUCAAUCGCACACAGGAUCCUAAUACCAUUUUCCGGGGAAAUUCACUGACUUCCAAGUGCAUUGAUGAGACCAUGAAGCUAGCAGGAAUGCACUAUCUGCAAGUCACACUUAAACCAAUCAUAGAUGAGAUCUGCACAGAACACAAAUCCUGUGAAAUCGACCCGGUCAAGCUCAAAGAGUCAGAGAAUUUGGACACAAACAGGGAAAACCUUCGUCACUAUGUAGACCGUAUCUUCAACGUUAUCACCACCUCUGGCGUUCGCUGUCCCACCGUCAUGUGUGAUAUCUUCUUUUCCCUGAGAGAAUCUGCUGCCACUCGUUUCCAAGUGGACCAAGAUGUCCGAUACACAGCAGUGAGCAGUUUUAUCUUCUUGCGUUUCUUCGCUCCAGCCAUCCUCUCCCCAAACCUCUUCCACUUACGACCACACCAUCCAGAUCCCGCCACCUCACGAACCUUAACCCUGAUCUCCAAGACGAUCCAGACCCUGGGUAGUCUCGCCAAGUCUAAAUCUGCCAAUUUCAAAGAGUCCUACAUGGCUGCAUUUUAUGACUACUUCAACGAGCAGAAAUAUGCAGACGCUGUGAAGAAUUUCCUGGACCUGAUCUCCACCUCUGGCAAGUGGGAUCAGAAGAGCAUUGAAACACCAAUCAUGCUGAAAGAGGGGAGUGUAAAACUCACAAUAAAGAGGGUUGAUGGGAAGGGGUCAAAAGGCACGAAGGGCAGAUUUAUGAUAAAGAGAGCACAAGGGAGGAACCGCUUUGGAAUGAAGAACUUCAAGAAGAGAUGGUUUCGUCUCACUAACCACGAGUUCACCUACCACAAAACAAAAGGAGAGUGUGCUCUGUGCAGCAUUCCCAUCGAGAACAUCCUGGCUGUGGAGAGGUUGGAGGAGGAGUCCUUCAAGAUGAAAAAUAUGUUCCAGGUAAUUCAGCCCGAGAGAGCAUUGUACAUCCAGGCCAACAACUGCGUUGAGGCACGUGACUGGAUCGAUAUCCUGACCAAAGUCAGCCAGUGCAAUCGCAAACGCCUGAGCACCUACCAUCCUUCAGCUUACCUCAACGGCCACUGGCUCUGCUGCAAACUCUCAGCUGACACGGCCCCUGGGUGUACACCCUGCACUGGCGGCCUCCCUGCCAACAUUCAACUCGAUGUGGAUGGAGACCGAGAAACUGAGAGGAUUUACUCUCUGUUCAGCACAUAUAUGACCAAACUGAUCAAGAUGCAAGAGGCCUGUGGUAGUAAGUCUGUGUACGACGGCCCUGAACAGGAGGAGUACUCCAGCUUUGUCAUCGACGACCCCCAGGAGACCUACAAAAUCCUGAAGCAGAUCGUUUCAGCCGUGCAGACUUUGGAGCAGCAGCACACCAAGUAUAAACGAGACAAGUUCAAGAAGACAAAGAUAGGCAGCCAGGAGCAUCCAAUUGGAGACAAGAGUUUUCAGUGCUACAUCCGCCAGCAGUCUGAGAGCUCCACCUACUCCAUCUAGCCAUGGCCCUGCAAACUAUUUCUACGAUGCCCAGAACCAGCAUUUCCUUUACUGUAGAGAAGUCCAGCUUAACAAUGCUCUGUGUCCAGUAAUGAGUUUUAAGUCUUGUUUUUCCCUAAAGAAAACUACAAGAAAAGUCAGAAAAGGUGACCUAAUUACACCAGUGCAGCUCGGUCCACUUAAAGGUUUUCGUUCAGAAACAUACAACUGACGCUGCAUUGGAGUUAACGUCACCUGCUUGACUGGCUUAAACUGUGGUUUAAAGGGAAAUAAGAUUCAUGGGAACCAUUACUAGACUGGAUGAGCUGUGUACAGGGACUUUUCUGCAGCGUCUCAAGGUGCAUCACUCCAGUUAACGGAAAAACAGACCUCAGAAUCAGCACGAAAAACAGGAACAGUAGUGGAGAAAAAGGAAACAUACGAAGAAUGAAGAAGAUAAUCAUUGCAUUCAUCUAAUUGCGUCUCCUUUCUGUGAGAGAACAAACGUUUUUCACUGGACAGUUUUGACAGUGACCAACACGCACUUUAAUUGCCUCGAAAUGUAUGGAUGAACAAGCCUCGCAGCACACUUUCAAAAAGCUUAUUUUAUCUGUUUGAUUUGUAUUUUAGUGGUUGUUGAAAUGUUCAUUCAUAUUUUACAUUUGACAGACCAAACUCUAGAAGGAAGGACUGUAAUUUCCCCAUUUUUGGGUAUUGUUGUCCCCAUGUUUUUUUUGUUUUUUUUUCUUUUCUUUCUUUUUUUUAUUUCUUUCCCAACUUCCUCAGGAAGGCUGUGAAGGUCGAGGGCACACAAGAAGGGACCAAUCACAGCCCAGAGCAGCUUGAUUUGUAGCUAUUAAAACUCACUUCAAUGCACCUGCUUGUUGGCCCAAAUUUUAAACCUUAAAUCAGUGUGUUAACAAAUAUUUUAAUUCAUAUCCACUUUUCAUUUAAAGCCCUGUUCUGUGUGGUUGGGUAUUAAGUCCCUGUGUAACUGUACAUUAGUUAAUGAUGAUUUUAAUGCUUACUUUGAGUCCUACAAAUCGGUGUAUGCUUUAUUGCUUGUCUGCAUGCUUAUUAAUAAUAUGGUAGUUUGCUAAAUUAUCAUUACAGUAGUUUAAUGAAAAAAAAGUUGAAGAAAAUGAACAAAUAAUUGUGACAC